AACUUAGGCACCUUUUUGUAUGUAUUAGGAAGUUAUGGCAGGAAACAUGGGGUGGGGUGUGAUAGAAGAGGAGGGAUGGAGGAAGGGACCUUGGACUUCUGAGGAGGACAGAUUGCUCAUUCUGUAUGUCAAGUUCCAUGGUGAGGGCAGAUGGAACUCUGCUGCUAGGCUUGCAGGACUAAAAAGAAAUGGGAAGAGCUGCAGAUUGAGAUGGGUGAAUUACCUGAGGCCAGACCUCGAGAAGGGUCAAAUAACACCACAAGAAGAAAGCAUAAUUCUAGAGCUGCAUGCUAGGUGGGGAAACAGGUGGUCAACAAUUGCAAGAAGCUUGCCAGGAAGAACUGACAAUGAGAUAAAGAAUUAUUGCAGGACUCACUUCAAGAAAAAGAUAAGGGCUCACUUCAGCUAA